AUGUUGCUCUCUUGCUUCUGUGCCCUGGUCUUGGUUGUGCCUGGUCCAUGUUUCACGGCUCCCACAGUUAUCCCGGAGGAAGAGAAGUCUCCUUCCUCAGAACCACAGACUGACUUGAAGAUCGCCACAGAAUACCUUAAGCGAUACUACAACCUGAAAAAGGAGCCUUUCGGGCGCAGGAAGAGGAGCUGGCCCUCCUUUACCUCCAAGGUAAAAGACAUGCAGGCGUUCUUUGGGCUCAACACAACAGGCGCUGUGGACUCAGAGACCCUGGAGGUGAUGCUGAGCCCUCGCUGUGGUGUGCCAGAUGUGGAGGAAUACAGUCACAACCUGGGAACACGAUGGAACAAGAAUGUCAUCACCUACAGCAUUGGGCGGUACACUCGAGAUCUGCCUCGCGGCACCGUGGACUCUCUGGUGGAGUCAGCUCUCAGCGUCUGGGCCAGAGCCAGCAGUCUGACUUUUGUCCGAUCGCCUACCCGCAAUGCUGACAUCAUGGUGGAGUUUGUGUCCUAUGCACAUGGUGAUUUGUAUCCAUUUGAUGGACCCAGAGGAACGCUGGCGCAUGCUUUUGGUCCAGGAGAGGGCACUGGAGGCGACACACACUUUGAUGACGAUGAGCACUGGACCACUGGAGGAAACGGGUUCAAUCUGUAUCUGGUAGCUGCGCAUGAAUUUGGCCAUGCUUUGGGCUUGAAGCACUCCAGAAACCCAGAGUCCCUGAUGUAUCCAACCUACAAAUACCCCCGUACACUCAGUUUAUUAUCCAGAGAGGAUGUAGCAAAUAUCAAUACACUAUAUGGUCCACUCAGAGGUCGUCCACAUUACUUUCCAAGGUACGGCUGGAGCUCUCAGUACAGCCCAUGGCUCUCUGGGCCUCAGUAUCCUCGACUAAUGCAGAACAAAUGUGCCCCGGACGUGACCUUCGAUGCAGUGUCCACUGUCGGGGAUGCCACCUUCUUUUUCAGCGAAGGGUAUCUCUGGAUUAAACAUAACGAGCAAUAUGACAUCAAAGAAGGUCCCAUCACCAACUUUAUGCCCAAGAUUGAAAGCAGCAUCGAUGCUGCGUUCUGGGUGCCUCGCAGGUCCACCGCUUACCUCAUUCAUGAAUCCAUGUACUGGACAGUGAAAGGCUCCCUUGUUAAGGGAAAGCCUAAACCGCUCACCAACUUUGGCUUUCCAGUCUGGGUUCAGGACAUUGAUGCAGCAGUACACAUAGUGAAAACAGGACGGACCCUGUUCUUUAUCCAUGACAUUUACUGGAGUUACAAUGAAAACCGAAGAAUUAUGGAUAUUGGUUACCCAAAACUCAUCAGUGAGGACUUCCCUGGACUCAACACAACAAUAAGUGCAGCCAUUCAUAAAGAGGGUUUCAUCUACUUCUUUAUCGGACCACAAGUCUACAAGUACGACUACACCCACAAGCAUAUUGUUGGAGCUGAGAAAGCAAAUACCUGGCUUGGAUGUUGA